AUGAGCCCAGGUAGCUAUCCAGGGCAAAGCACCCCGCUGGCCCGUUUCGCGGUAAGCUUUCAGGAUGAUCAUCAAUGCUCCAGGGAGCUGCCAAAAUGCAGUGCCUGCAUUCCAUGGCCUGGACUUGCAAUUAUUCUCGCGACCCACUCCACGGUGGUAUCUCGACUUUGCAGCAUAGAACGCACACUUGAGCGCUUGACCGCGUUAGUAGAAAAUGCUGUUGUGCAGUGCUCAUCCGAGAAGGAGCCGAGAAACGGUGCUCAGGUUCUUUCUCGGGCGCAUCAGUCUGAGUUAUUUGUUGGCGCCUCUCAUUCUUUCUCUUUCGUGAGAGAGGCUACUGAAAACGUUCGGACAACAUCUGGAAAUCCCAGUCGUUCGUCUCAGCAAGAGACGGACGCUCAGUCUGAGCUUCAGUUUCUAUCGACGUCCCUAACUACCGCAGCAGUCGAGCCCGUGCAUAACACGCAUGCGGCAGGAUUCUAUAUACCUUCCAGAGCAACAGGCUACAAGCUUAUUGGAACCUUUCUUGAACACGCGCCAAAGGGUGAGCCAUUCUUCAUUACACCUUCAGAGGAGCUCCUGAGGCAAACAGUCUUCAGUCCAGGGAAAUUCUCUCACAACGCUUGGCUGGUCUAUUUCAACUACACCAUGUUAGCUCAAAUCUCUACAGAGCAGCGAGAUGAUGGAAAGCUGGAGGCUGCGAGAUUUCGGCAGAAUGUGCGGAUCACCGUGAACGAUAGCCGCAUAUUCUUGGAACCGCGACAGGUCAAUGUUCAAGCACUAGCCUUACUAGCUGUUCAUGGCGAGGAUUACGCCUCUCCAAAUUUGUCGUGGAUGUUAGUUGGCCAUACUUGUCGCCAGGUGGAGGCUCUCGGCUUACAUGUGCCAAUGUACACCGAUAUCGAGUCCUAUCAGCGGAGUCUUUCGAUGUUCUGGCUCCUCUUUGUCUUGGAUAAGUCUUGUGCUCUCGCGUUUGGUCGAUCCCCGUUUCUUCCGAUGAGUCUCUACCGAGAUGUUCCACUGCCCGACUUCAGCCAUCUGCUCAAGUUCCAACCUCCACAUCUCGAUCUGGAGUUCAGCACACACUUCUUCAUUAAGGGCAUUGAGCUAGCCAAGAUAAUGGGCACAGUCGUCGACAUGCUGGCCCUAGGUUCAUCAAAAAUCUCUCGAGACACCAUCAGGCUGCAGCUCGAAAAAUGGUCCCAUCAAACGAAAGAAAUUUUAAACAAAACAAUUGAGGCAGAAAGGCGACUCCUUGAGCCGGCCCAGCUGAAGGAAAUGUUGUUGGGCCUCAAUAGUCUAAGAUUCCAGUACCUUCACAUCAUGAUUAUCCUUCUCAAAGAGGAAAAAUCUUCCAACAAUCACUGUCUGGAGUGCGCAAGAGAGGCUCUAUUCAUACUGCCGUCCAUUGUCCCCAAUUGGUCUUCCGUUUACAACGGGGUUGUUUGGCACUUAUCGUACUAUCCCUUCAUCCCAUUCUUUGUCGUCUUCGAGAAUCUAGUUCACACCUCCACGUCCCAAACCUCAGCGACACUCGAUCAACACAUCGGUCUCCUUGCCACAACUGUUUCAUACUUUUCGAGCAUGGGAGGACAGAUGCAGCUUCUCGCUGUUCUUUGUACUCGUCUAGAGAAUGUUGCGUUUGUCUUCCUGGAGCUAGCUCGGAGAUAUAUACGACAGCGCCAUGCAACCGUCAACAACACCCUAGACACCUCAUGGCCCCCAAUGACUACUCAAGCCGACAAGAAUCUUCCCGAAGUAGAUUCUACAGAGGAAAGCUUCUUCGGACUCUCUCAAGGCACCCUUGAUGAGAUCUCUUUGGACGAUUGGCUGGAUGUUGAAAACUUCCUCAACUGGCUGCCUGCUGACGUUUUCGCAUCUCGGCCACCCUUGGGACUUGAAGAGCGGCGAGAUCCUGAGUCUGCCAGCGAAACUCCCGAGACUUUGUCCACGGCUGACCUUCGAGGUCGCAAAAGACCAUUUAAUGCGACUUUCGACUGGUUUUCUUGGGAUACAUAUUAUGCCAGCAUGCUUCCGACAUAG